AACUCCUUUCUCGGAACGGAAGAGGAAAGGGGAUGGAAGGGCGCCUGCCAUGGGUUAGGAUGAGCUUCCAGCUAACACUCAACUAAGGGGAACCGCCUCCGCGGCGGGAGAGAAAGGAGAAACUGGGAGGAGUCCAGGAGGUGGUUGGUUGGAAGACUCAAAGUCUCCUCGAUGGCCGCCCAGGGAUGCGCGUUGUCUCUGUGGCUGUGGCUGUCCCUGCAGCUGCCGCUGCUGCAGGGGGCGAGAGCUGCCGCAGCGCGGUGGAGCGGGGAGGGCACCACUCCGCAUUUGCAAAGCAUCUUCCUGGGCCGCUGCGCUGAGUACACCACGCUGCUGAGCCUCCAGCCUGGGAACAAAAACUGCACAGCCAUCUGGGAAGCCUUCAAGUUGGUGCUAGACAAGGACCCCUGUUCUGUGCUUCCCUCAGACUAUGACCUCUUCAUUAACCUCUCCAGGCACGCCAUUCCGAGAGACAAGUCGCUGUUCUGGGAGAAUAACCACCUACUCGUUACCAGCUUUGCAGAGAACACCCGUCGCCUCACGCCCCUGUGCGACGUUCUGUAUGGCAAGGUUGGAGAUUUUCUGAGUUGGUGUCGACAGGAAAAUGCCUCUGGACUUGAUUACCAGUCCUGCCCCACAUCAGAAGACUGUGAAAACAAUGCUGUGGACUCCUAUUGGAAAAGUGCAUCCAUGCAGUAUUCAAGAGACAGUUCUGGGGUGAUCAAUGUCAUGCUGAAUGGCUCAGAGCCCAAAGGAGCCUAUCCCGUGAAAGGGUUUUUUGCAGAUUUUGAAAUCCCGUACUUACAAAAGGAUAAAAUCACAAGAAUUGAGAUCUGGGUCAUGCAUGACAUCGGGGGACCCAAAGUGGAAUCCUGUGGUGAAGGCAGUGUGAAAAUCCUGGAAGACAGACUGGAGGCACUGGGGUUCCAGCACAGUUGUAUCGAUGACUACGCACCUGUGAAGUUCUUAAUGUGUGUGGACCAUACCAAUCACCCGGACUGUGUCAUGAACUCAGCCUCAGCAUCCCUGCGGAGGGAGAGCCCAUCUUUUUAUACGACAGGGGAUGCCAGCCUUGUCAUUUCUCUCUUAGUGGCUUUGACUUCAGCUUCUCAAAUGUGAUUAGGAAAUCGCCGUGCGGGUCUAACAGAAGCCAGCCUUGCAUCAGCCUUGACUAGUCCACCCUGUUCUGUGUAGGCCAAGGGAGCCCCGUGUCUAAAGACACUUUCUUCUAGGAAAACAAUGUAACCAGAUGGUAAUCCUAUUAUACUUAUGCUCAUGAUUCAAGAAACAAGACAUUUAGCCAGUCUUGCUUACCAGGCAGAAUUUGCUACCACAGAAUUAAAGUUAUUAUCUUUUAUUUUGAUAAUAACACAAAACACUGUGACCUGGAGUGUUAUAGAAUCUCAUAUAAUUAAAUAUAUUUUUGGAAGUAUCUGUAUUUUCUAUUUUCUGUAUGUUCCUAUUUCAAAAGACACAAUACAUGCUUGUUAAGAGCUUCAGAUACCUGUACAGUAUAUAAAGGUAUAUAUUUAAAUACAAAGUUAUAUAUAUAUCGAUGUCUUUUUAAUGACUGCUUAUGGUAAGGGAACAACCUAAAAUGUCAAAUACACACACACACACACACACACACACACACACACACACACACACACACA